AUGGAAAACAAGCUAUUGCUUUGUAUUUUAUUAUUGAUUCCUGCCUUCGCAUCCUCAGACUUUUUGCUAACACAUGUCAGAAACUUCAAGAAGCGAAAUGCUGAUAAUGACUUGGUUGUCAAUGGGAUAGAAGUCUACAGCAUGAAAAUUGAUAGCAAAGUAACUUCCCGGUUUGCACACAAUGUCAUCACCAGUCGAGCUGUCAAUCGUGGAAAUGUGUCCAAAGAAGUCUUCUUUGAUGUUGAACUCCCUAAGACAGCCUUCAUUACCAACUUCAGCAUGACAAUUGAUGGUGUCACCUAUCCUGGAACUAUAAAGGAAAAAGAAGCUGCAAAAAAGCAGUAUGAGAAGGCUGUUUCAAGAGGACAGACUGCUGGUCUUGUCACAGCUUCAGGAAGAAAAACAGAAAAAUUCACUGUCUCAGUCAACAUUAAAGCAGCCAGUAAAGUCACUUUUGAACUCACGUAUGAGGAACUGCUAAAGCGACAGUUUGGAAAAUAUGAAAUGUUCAUCAAAGUAAAACCAAAGCAGCUUGUCAAAGAUUUUGAGAUUGAAGUAGAUAUCUUUGAGCCCCAGGGUAUCACUGAGCUGGAAGCUGAAGGAACAUUCAUCACCAAUGAGCUGCAAAAUACCAUUAAAAAAACUUUUUCAGGAAAAAAGGGCCAUGUCUCUUUCAAGCCAACACUUGAUCAGCAACGAACCUGUGCAAAUUGCUCACAGUCUGUCUUGGAUGGGGAUUUUACUGUAAGAUAUGAUGUGAAGAGAACAACUCCAGAUAAUUUGCAGAUUGUCAAUGGCUACUUUGUACACUUCUUCGCACCAACAAAUCUUCCAAAGCUGUCCAAGAAUAUUAUUUUUGUAUUGGAUACUAGUGGCUCAAUGUCUGGAAGAGAACUGGAACAAACAAAAGAAGCACUGCUAAAAAUCCUAGAUGACAUUAAAGAAGAUGACUUCUUCAAUUUCAUAUUAUUUGAUAGUGAAAUAUCUACCUGGAAAGAAACAUUAAUUAAGGCCACUUCUGAGAAUGUGGAUGAAGCGAGGAAGUUCGUUCAGCACAUUUCUGCUCAAGGCUUGACAAAUUUACAUGGUGGUUUGAUGAGAGGAAUUGAUAUCCUGAAUGCUGCUCAUGAAGAAAAGCUUGUGCCCAAGAGAAGUGCUUCUAUAAUUAUCAUGUUAACAGAUGGCAAACCAAAUGUAGGUGUAUCAAAUACUCAUGAGAUUGAGAAAGCAGUGAAGAAGGCUAUUGAUGGCAGAUACACCUUAUACAAUCUUGGUUUUGGCAGUGGAGUAGACUACGGUUUCUUGGAGAGGAUGGCACUGGAGAAUAAAGGAUUGGCCCGUCGGAUUUAUCCUGACUCUGAUGCAGCUUUGCAGCUUCAGGGGUUUUAUGAUGAGGUGUCAAAUCCCAUGCUCAUAGAUGUGGAGUUAAACUACCCAGAAAAUGAAAUAUCAGACCUAACUACUAACAGCUUUAAGCAUUUCUAUGAUGGAUCUGAGAUUGUGGUGGCCGGGCGCUUUGUAGACAGCAACCAAAACCAUUUGUCUGUGGAUGUAAGAGGUGAAGGUGCUAACGAUGCCCUGUUGUACACUACACAGCAAGGUGCUGAGCAAACAGCUCAGGCUUUCCAAGAACAACAAUACAUAUUUGGAGAGUACAUUGAAAGGCUCUGGGCUUAUCUUACCAUUGAACAACUCUUGGAAAAACGCAUUACAGCUACAGGAGAAGAAAAGGAAAACCUUACAGCUCAAGCCCUGGCUCUCUCACUAAUGUACAAGUUUGUAACACCACUGACAUCCAUGGUGGUAACAAAACCAGAAGAAGAUGACAAUGAAGAGGGGAUUGCUGAUAAACCCACUGAAGCUGAAGCAGGGAUGUUCACAGGCCCUUUGCUGGCUUCUCCACUAUAUCACACGUAUGCACCACAACCCACAUGGUAUACUAGUGUUGAUGGAGAUCCACACUUCAUUAUAUCAGUGCCACAAAAAAAAGAUGCCAUUUGUUUCAAUAUCAAUGAAAAUCCUGGCAUGAUCUUAAAUUUAAUAAAUGACCCAGUUACAGGCAUCACAGUCAAUGGAGAACUUAUUGGUGAUAAGAGAGCAAAUAGUGAUGCAAAGGUCCAAAACUCAUAUUUUGGAAAACUUGGUAUUGCAAAUAAGUACCUGGAUGUAAAGCUGACAGUAACUCCUGAGAUGAUCACAAUUCAGAAUGGUGAUGAAAAAACAGGUUUCACCUGGCUGGACUCAGUCACCUUGCAACAAGCAGGUUUAACUUUGAUAAUUAACAGAAAAAAAAAUCUGGUGCUCUCAAUGGGCAGCGGUGUCUCAUUUGUUGUUGUUCUGCACCAAGUAUGGAAGAAACAUCCUCUCCACCAAGAUUUCCUAGGACUGUAUACAUUGAAAAGUGAUAAACUGUCUGAACAGACCCAUGGAUUAUUGGGACAGUUUUUCCAGCCCAUUGACUUCACCAUACUUGAAGUUCAUCCUGGGUCUGAUCCCAAGAAACCAGAUGCCACAAUGAUUGUUAAAAACAAUGAACUGACAGUAACAAGGGGCUGGCAGAAGGAUUACAGAAGAGAUCCUAAGCACGGGGUCGAUGUUCCUUGCUGGUUUGUCCAUGACAAUGGAGCUGGGCUGAUAGAUGGUGUUCACACAGAUUAUAUUGUUUCCAGUCUCUUUUAA